AUGUCUGCCGAUGUUCCCCCGCCGUUCUUCCAGCGGAUGGUCGAAUUGACCGUCCCCGCUCAGAUCAUAUCAUGGGCCAUACCCCACUACGUGAAAGUCUUCACGAAAACAAUAUUCAAAGGCCAAAUCCUAGCCCCAAUCAGCCAAACCUCCAAACUACGAGAUGAAGCCUUUGGCAGUUUCUGGAUCGAAUUCAGCAGCCCCCGCCAAAUGACCUCCGACCCAAACAACACUGAACUCCCCACCCCAGUCGGCUCCUCAGCCUUAAUCCCCCCACUCCUCCGCACAGCCAGCGGCGUAGUCCUAGACAUAGGCCCAGGAACAGGAACCCAAAUGCCCCUUCUAACAUCCCCCUCCAUAACCGCGCUAUACGGCGCAGAGCCAUGCACAAGUCUCCACAAAGCACUUCGCGCAAAGGCCGAGGCAGAGGGCAUUUCUUCCAAAUACCAUAUCCUACCCACUGGCGUUGCGGCCGCCGAACUGACACCGGCUCUACGGGACUCGGGAGUUGAUGUUAGUUCAGAGGGUGUUUUUGAUACGAUUCUUUGUGUUCGUGUUUUGUGCUCUGUGCCGAAUAUGGAGAAGACUGUUUCGGAGCUUUAUGGGAUGUUGAAGCCUGGGGGUCGGAUUUUGGUUACGGAGCAUGUUGUUAAUCCGUGGAGACGGGCGAAGGGGUCUUUACUUGCGAGGGUUGCGCAGGUGGUUUAUCAGGCGCUUGGGUGGAGUUGGUUUAUUGGGGAUUGUGCGUUGAAUAGGGAUAUUGAGAAGGCGUUGAGGGGGGCUGCUGGUGCUGAGGGGUGGGAGAGUGUUGAGUUGGAGAGGAGUUUUGAGUGGUCUGCUAUGCCUUAUAUCUCGGGGACUUUGGUUAAGAGGGGUUAG